AUGGGCGACGUCCCAGCCCCAGCCCCAGCUCCCCUUGUUCCCGACAUCGAUAUGACCCCACGCCGCCGCCGUGAGCCCUCGGAGCCCCGCAGCGACAGCGACUGGGACGCUGGAUCCAGCCGCGAGGGCUCCCCCGACCUCCUCCGCCGCGCGCCCGCCGUGCAGAUCUCGCGCGCCUCCUCUUCCUCGUCCUCCUCCUGGCUCCGCGAGAUCGAGCGCGACCGGGUGCGCCUCGUCAGGGAGUGGGUCCACAUGGCUGCCCGCGACCGCGACGACGACGCUGGGCCCCCACCGUCCCCCGUCCCUGAACACGCGCGCAGGGACGCUCCCCGGAUCCGCGGCCGCCAGGCGCGCCUCGAGCUCGUCAUGCGCAUGGCCGCCGACCGCCAAGCCGAGCUCCACCGCCUCUCGCAGCACCGUGCCGUCUCCGACUUCCCGCACCGCAACAGAAUCCACGCGCUGCUCCGGGGUCGGUUUCUGCGCAACGGCGGUUUGCCGGAGGAGAGGAGACCCCCAUCUGUGGCCGCAAGGGAGCUUGGUCAGCUGCGACAACGUCAUCCUGUCUCUGGUUUGAGAGAAGAGUUCCGCUUCAGAUUGGAGAAUCUUGUCCGUGGUCAAGCAGAUAGCCAAGUGGAUGCUUCUUCAGCUCACGAUGUUGAAUUAUCUACAAAUGAUCGUUCUGAAUUAAGACCACCUGAAACUACUCAGGAGAGACAUGAGCGGACAAGUGAGAAUAUCAAUCUUCAGCAAAUUGACAGUACAGCAACAACAUCAGGAUUUGAAAGUGGCAGCCCUAGCAUUGCUGAAGUCUUCUGUGGAUCUCAUAGUCAAGCAGAAAGUCAGGAAGAUUUAGAACAUGAGAGAAGAGACUGGCAACAAUUUUCCCAUGCUGUGAUUGGAGAGGAAUCUGAAAGAAGUUGGCAUGAAAAUGCAGACAACAUCUCUUCUCAUGAGGGGACAGCAGUUGAAGAGGAUAAUACUGAUCAUCUUCCAGAGGCAAAUGAAGAGUCAACCAGUGUUGAACAUCUUCCUGAAGGACUUGAAGAGUCCAUCAGCGAUGGUAGUCUUCCUGAAGCGCAAGAAGAUCAGCAUGACAGUGAUCAUCUUCCUGCAGUGUUUGAAGAGCUGCAUGACAAUAAUCAUUUUCAGGAAUCACAUGGGGAAUGGAGCAGAGAUGAUCGUCCUAUUGAAGUCUAUGAUGAGUGGCAGAGUGAUGAUCAUCUCCCUGAAGUAAAUGAAGAGUGGCAUAAUGAUGACGAGUCUAAUGAUACUGCAGACAAUUGGCGUGAUAAUAAUUCUGACCAACCAAUUGACCACGAUGCUGCUCUUAUUAGAAGAGCUAAUACAUUCAUCCCUGGGGAUGAUGAUAAUGUGUACAGCACAGAAUUGAGGGAACUUCUAAGCAGGUCGUGGUCCUCUCCCUUGGGAUCUGGAAGGAACAACUCCUGCCCUCCCUCACCAGAUCAAAAUCAGGAGCAGCAAAGAGAUGACGAGGACCAGGAACUGCAGAACACUGUCAACAGACCUCCUUUAGUGAUACCACCUCCACCUAUGCCUCCUCGUCAGCCACUUUGGCAUUCAGAGUUGCAUCGUAAUAAUUGGAUCAGACAAAACAUUCAUCGUUCAUCUUCUGAUAUUGAAUGGGAGGCCAUCAAUGAUUUAAGAGCUGAUAUGGCUAGACUUCAGCAAGGCAUGAGCCAUAUGCAAAGGAUGUUGGAAGCUUGCAUGGAUAUGCAGCUAGAGUUGCAGCGUUCUGUAAGGCAAGAAGUAUCAGCAGCCUUGAAUCGUUUUAUUGGGGAGCAAGGUGGUGAAAGUAAAGAAAUAAUUGACGAUGGUUCGAAAUGGAUAAAUGUGAGAAAAGGGACCUGCUGCAUAUGCUGUGAGACUCCAAUUGACUCCCUUCUGUACAGAUGUGGGCACAUGUGCACAUGCUCAAAAUGUGCGAACGAAUUGGUUCGAGGUGGAGGGAAAUGCCCGCUGUGCCGCGCACCCAUAAUCGAGGUGAUUCGAGCAUACUUCAUCAUGUAG